AUGUCUGUUCUUCUGGUAUUCGUGACUGUUACAAGCUACGGACAGGAAGGAGCAGCUGAUGAUGGACCUAGAUUUCGAUUUCCAUCACCGCAUCGUUACGACCUUGCUACAUGGUGUGAAGAGAAGUACUAUCCAUACGAAAAGGACGGGAUGUUUGCAAGCCCAAACUAUCCACUAGACUAUAACAGCGAUGAAGAAUGCGUCUAUAGAUUUGAAGCUGCCGAAAACGAGGUGAUUGAGCUGGUCUUUUCGUCAACUUUCAACGUAGAGGGCUCAGCCGGGUGCGAGUACGACUACAUCGAGAUCCACGAUGGUCGCUAUGGUUACUCCCCACUCAUCACUCGUGAUUGUGGUAAUGUUGCUCCUCCUCGGAUAGUGUCCUCCGGAAAUCAUCUUCUUAUGUUCUUCAUCACCGAUAGUUUACUGGUAGAGCAGGGAUUCGCUGGGAUAUUCAGGUACCUACCAGCUCCAACCAAACCCCAAGCAACAAGUGUUUCGACAAAAAGGACAUACGGACCUGAAGAAUGUUUCUUUUCGAUGGACGGUUACGAUGGUGAGAUCUCAGCACAGGACGUGUUCAGGAUACUAGAUGAAGAUAAGAGAUGGCCAACCAAAAUAGACUGUACGUGGGAGGUUACUGUCCCUCCAAACAACAAGGUAUGUGCUUGA